AUGGAAGGAGAUGAAGGGACAUCCACAAAUGAUGAAAACAAAGGAAGGUUUAAGAGAAUUUGUGUGUUCUGUGGUAGUAAAGCUGGUUACAAAUCUUCAUUCAGUGAUGCAGCUCUUGAGCUUGGAAAACAGCUGAUAUCAGGAGAAACCAUUGGAGAGCUGAAAACAGUUGCAGACAUGCAUCAGAGGAAGUCGGAAAUGGCGAAACAUGCCGAUGCUUUCAUCGCUCUUCCCGGUGGUUAUGGAACUAUGGAAGAACUGUUGGAGAUGAUUACCUGGUCUCAAUUAGGAAUACAUGAAAAACCAGUGGGGUUGUUAAAUGUAGAUGGGUAUUACAACAGCUUACUAGCCCUAUUUGACAAGGGAGUAGAGGAUGGUUUCAUAGAUGGUUCAGCAAGAAAUAUUGUGGUUUCAGCAGAUACAGCAGAAGAGUUGAUCAAGAAAAUGGAGGAGUAUACACCAGUUCAUGACAGGGUUGCACCCAGACAAAGUUGGGAAGUGGACCAAUUAGUAGAGUCUACUACAACUACAAGUGGGGAAGACCUAAAAUCUUGA